ACCGAGGCCAGUCAUUUUCAGAUCUUAACCGAAGAAAAAGAUGGCCGGAAUCGUUGAGCUUUUGCCGAAAGAGUACGGCUACAUCAUCCUCACCAUCAUUGCCUACGGUUUCGUCAACGUCUAUAUGCAGAUUCAAGUCGGCAAGGCUCGAAAGAAGUACAAAGUGUAUUACCCAAUACUCUAUGCUACUGAAGCUGAUAGCAAGGAUUACAAAAUCUUCAACUGUAUUCAGAGAGGGCAUCAGAAUUCACUGGAGAGUCUACCGAUAUUCUUUGUUUUGAUGGUUUUGGGAGGGCUUAAACACCCAGUUAUCUGUACAGCUCUGGGAUUAGUUUACACAGUCAGUCGGUUUUUCUAUUUCACUGGUUACUCCUCUGGUGAUCCUAAGGGACGUCUCCCCAUCGGGAAAUACAACGGUAUUGCAAUCUUGGGGCUUGCGAUUGUCAAUAUAUCGUUUGGGGUUAGUCUUCUGAGGACAUAAUGAAGCAAUCGUGGUGUUUGUUUGUUUGUUUGUUUUAUGGUGUUUGAUUAUUAGAGCAAGAAGGCGUUUUCUGUAAUAAUAAUCGAUUUUGUUUAGCUUAAAAUCCAUCAUCACCUCAUCUAUUUCUAUCUUCUUUCACAGACUUGUGUAUUUCUGUGAGAAUAUACACUAAUUUCAUGGAUUCUGUUUUUGCUCUUUGUGAA